AAAUUCACUCAGUGUCACCAAUUGGUUGUCAACCAAAUGUCGCAGCAAAGUUUUUUUUAAUAACAUGUUUACAAGCUUUUAAUCUUAUGUAUUUACACUUUUCUGUUACAGUGUUUGUUUCGUUGGCAUUUUAUUUUUGUUUUGCAACGUGCGAAAUUGACGAGAACCACCAAGAAAUCAACAAAAUGCUCUUAAGAAACAGCAGAACGUGCAAACAUCGGCCCUAUUCUCCGUUUGAACCAUUUUACCGUCACAGCAUUUUCGAAAAUACUUUUUAUCUAAUUUUUAUUGUAGUUUUGGGGAUCAUUUUUGGAUUAAUGUUUUUAGGUUGUUUGAAAGGCCUAAUGGGCACUUUUGGUUCCAAAAAAAUAGGAGAAUAUGGUAUGGAUGCGUUAAUUGAUCUUCCAAAACCUCUAGAUCGAUAUAGAGAAACUAACUUAAAGGGUCGAGAAGUAUGUUAUGACGUGGUGGGUUGGCCAGUACAUCCAGAUACUGGAGAAAGGACUGUUAGGAUGCUGCCUUUAAAAGUAGAAUUUUGCUUGAAUAUAAUCUUUUUCCUCGCCUAUCCUUUGGCCAUAAUCUUGAAAAUCUGUUCGGUUUGUUGCUGUAUAAGAGACUUUAAAGGGGAAGAAGAUAAGUGUUUUAAGGAAAUACAUGUAAUAAAAUGCAAAAGUAAAAAGUCCUCUGGUCCAGAAAUAGAUAUGUAUAAGGAGAAUGAUUUGAGGGAAGCAAGAGAUACCAGCUAUGUUAUUAACGCCCUCAGAGAUAGUCAAAAGUCCCUAGAGCAACUCAAUAAAAAUAAUAUUAAGGAAUGUAGAUGCAAACCGCCGAAAUAAAAUUUAACCAUAGGCUA